UAUCUGACAUGGCCACGCCUUCGCCCGCCAUCGACGCUAACAAUUACUGGGCGCUGUUGGCCCUAGUUCUGGUCUUUGGCACUGCGGCGGGCAACAUACUCGUCUGUCUGGCCAUCGCCUGGGAGCGUCGCCUGCAAAAUGUUACCAACUAUUUCCUCAUGUCCUUAGCCAUAACCGAUCUGAUGGUCGCCGUCUUGGUUAUGCCAUUGGGCAUAUUGACGCUUGUGAAAGGCUACUUUCCGCUCGGCUCGGAGCAUUGUCUGACCUGGAUUUGUCUGGAUGUGCUGUUCUGCACGGCCAGCAUUAUGCACUUAUGCACCAUUUCUGUGGAUCGCUAUCUCUCGUUGCGGUAUCCGAUGCGGUUUGGUCGCAACAAAACCCGUCGACGUGUCACACUAAAAAUUGUGUUUGUCUGGCUGCUGAGCAUUGCGAUGAGUCUGCCCCUCAGUCUGAUGUACUCGAAGAAUCACGCUUCGGUGCUGGUCAAUGGCACCUGCCAGAUACCAGAUCCGGUCUACAAGCUAGUCGGCUCCAUUGUUUGCUUCUACAUACCAUUGGGAGUCAUGCUGCUAACCUAUUGCCUCACAGUUCGGCUGUUGGCGCGUCAGCGCCAGAAUCUGGGCGGAGGAAAUCAGUCAGCGGCGGCCACGCCGGGAUGGGCCAGCGGCUGGUUGGGUCAGACGCCUGCUCUGGAACGUCGCUGCACUUGGCGCCGUCUCCUAAAGCCGGGCCAGAGUCACGCCUCAUCUGUAUUGCAUGCACACUCAGCCAAUUCAACGGAUACGGAUUUGUCAACGCUCGACAAUCAUGAGCUCUGGCUGCCAGACUCAAGCAUACCCGAACCCACGCCCACUACCAUGACAGCUUUGCAUCAGUUUGGCGCUGAAAUGCUGAAGCUGUCCCGCGGCCUGGAAUCCGUGGCCUCGUCUUCAACGACAGGCUCACCCACCAAAUCCGAAUUUUCCAUAUCCAAUCACCUGCAGUUCCCCUGCAGUCCGCAACGAUAUGCGACACAGCAGCAACAUCAGCAAGAGACACAGCACCAGCGGGGCGUCACGUACUUGCAGCAGAUAUCGCCAAAGAGUCGUCAACAACCGGCUGGGACGACCAACGAAUUGUUUGUCCUGGAGCGCGAGAGUACGCGCAACUCCUUGCAAGCCAGCAGCAGUCGGUUGGGGGAGCAGAGCGAGGGAACGCUUUCGCAACUCUCGCAACGGUUGCGUGCCUAUAAAAAACGACGACGCGCUUCUUCGGCCGCAGCGGGACGGGAGCGACGAGCCGGCGAUCAGGACGAUGAUGAGGAGGACACUCCGACAUUGCAGCGCCGCAAACGCUUCAAUAGUUUGCCGAAGAAUGCGCUCUACCCCCGACACUCGCACGGACUGGGCAGCAGUCUGGACGAUGACGAUGAUAAUGAUCGCGAUGGGGCACAGCCGGAGAAAACUAAAUCGUUGGCGAAGAGCAAGAGCUGCCAUUCGGACACAGAUGUGGAACAGCAGCAGGUACAACAGUGUCGGAGUAGCGAACAGUCCGAUUAUCUGCAACUACCAUCGGUGUGCACGUGUCCCUACUUCGGCGAUCGACCGCUCCAGAGCUGCGUGAAGACCGCAGAAGUGAAGAUCAUAUCGUCGAGCUUUAAGGUGACGACGACAGCAACAGCAGUGAGCACAUCGCCAAGCGAGAUUGACUUACUGCUGUGCACCACAACUUCGGCGGUGGUGGCAGCUCGUGGGGCCAAUAAGACACUCACGACGAGCGUAAGCGGAACGGCAACGGGAUCAGCGACAACAACGGCCGCAAUGACAACAGCAACUGCCACCACCCUAAGUCCACACUCUGCUCAUAACCACACCUCCGGCAGCUCCCUCACGGUGCACUCGACGAGCGAUGGAAGCGGCUAUCUGGCGGCGCCUGGCACUCCUUGCCCCGGACGACGUAAGCUCAGCAUUUCGAAAACCGCCUCGGUGGUCACCUGGGACUCGAGUCGGCAUCGACGGCGUGGCUCCAGCUUCGGAGGUGUGCGUACCUCUCUGCUGCUGACACCCACCAAGACGACAAUGGUGCCCACCUCGAAUUCGGCCACGCCGCUGCGUCGCUCGGCAACACUACGAAGUCACAACAACAUGAACUAUCAUCUGCACUCUGCGGGGGAACUGGGCGGCUCUAGUAGUUCGGGGCUCAAGUCAAAGUCCAAGUCCCCACAAUCGUCACCAUGUUUGCUGCAACGUCAGCAAACCGUACGUUCCCACCACUCUCGCAACUCGAGCGUCAUUUCCCGUAACUCUUCACGCCACGGUCGCAUCAUACGGCUGGAGCAGAAGGCCACCAAGGUGCUGGGCGUGGUUUUCUUCACCUUCGUCAUACUGUGGUCCCCAUUUUUCGUGCUCAAUCUAUUGCCCACAGUGUGCGGAGACUGUGAGGAGCGCAUCAGUCAUUGGGUCUUCGAUGUGGUCACUUGGCUGGGCUAUGCCAGCUCCAUGGUGAAUCCCAUAUUCUAUACCAUAUUCAAUAAGGUCUUUCGGCAGGCCUUCAAGAAGGUUCUGCUAUGUCGUUACUCAAGUUCCAGUGCUUGGCGUCCCAGCAGAUAGCAGACGCCUGUUAAGCCCGGCAAGAUAAAGCCGGUGAAGUGCGCCAGUGUGGAUUUCGAGGAUGCCAGAAUUGGAGGCACUAGCAUCUCACGGGGAGGGGCAGCCGGUGAAGCAAACAUUGAAACACGUUAUUUGACCAGCGCCUUGAAACGUGGCAGCACGGCACAAUCUGCACCCACAAAUGGACCCAGAAAAGUGGUUUAGGGCCAUGGGUUGCGGUCUGUUUCUAUUCGACGGCACAACCUGAUGUCUAAACAGUAAACCUGCAUAAUGAGGGGCUGUCAAGGGGGUGUGAAAAUUAGAGAUGUUCUGGCUUUUUGAGAACUUCGUUGGUUCGAAAGAAUUAGAAUAAAGAAUGAAGAAUUGUGAUCCAACUCAUAGUUGCAAACACACAUAAAAUUGUAUAGGAUCUGUAGGACCUUUAAUGUUGGAUUAAAUACCCGUAUAUACAAUGCAAACAAAUAUAUAAUUUGUU